UCAAUGGAAAAGACGUGUAGGAUACCCUGCUUCCCCUUUAUAAUUCCUUCCCUGAAUCCAAAAUAGGGCAAUGCUUAGAAAUGCAUCCAACCUCGAGUUCAAAACUGAUUGCUUACCCAGGAUUCUUGAACAGCUAAUUCUGCUGGCACAUUAUUAUUCACCCUCUGCUAUUUUCACACUGUGGCACAAAACUAGAGAGAAGAAGAGAUUGAAAUUUUGACCGGUACGUUAUCCUGAUACCUGAGAUGCUGUGUCGAUAUGAGAGUGCCUUUACCACAAGGACUUUCUUGGUGGUUUUAGAGAUCCCAGUGUGAAUAAGUAGAAAAAGCAGAACUAAUAGCUCAAGAAGCAAAAAUAUUUUUUUCUUAAAGAAAUUGAUUAACAUGCAAAUAUGUACUGUAUGCAUAUUAAAUACCAUUUCAAAAUGUGAUGGGCAGGAAGCAUAAGUGAUGCCAUUUGGUUUUGUGGCAUCAGUGUGGGUUGAUUAAGGGGGUGGGGAUAAAUUUUGGGGAUUAUUGAUAUAGCAUGAGUAGAGCCAGAUGGUUGUAUUACACAUCUUUUGUGUUCUUGUUUGCUUCUUAAAGCAGUUGCAGAAUUUUGCCCUGGGCAAAAUUUACUCUUUGCUCGUAUGUUCCCCUGUGAAUUUACUUUUGACAAAGUACUUCACAAAGAGGGGAAACGCUGUGCUUUGUGCCCGCGAACUCAUCUCUCCCCUUCGCGUUUGUGAAGCCAACAGACCUCUACUUAAGAAAUAUUUUGCAACUUGUGAAAUAAAUUAGCGGUAGGUGCAAGUUCAGUGUGUUUGUUGUGUAUUGCUACCCCUCAGUAUGUGAUACUGACUUACAGAGCGUGCUGGGUUUUAAAUUUUCCUUGCAGUGUUUUGGAGAAGAAACUGUGGAAAUGGCAACCAGUUCGUUUUACUGCGCCACUUCGGUAGUGUUCUUCCAUGAAAGAAAUGUUGUCUUAAAGAUUAAUGAGCCAAUUUUUCCACUACUUUUGUAAGUUUUGAGAUUGUGGUGUACCUGAUUCAUGUGAUCAGAAACACAUAGUUUGCAGUAUUCAGGUUGAGUGGGAGAAGGUCGUGCUGGGUAGGUGGUUCUUCACUGGGUGUUUGUGACAUUUGUUGGAACUGCUUAUCACAGGAACCACCAAAAUUUACACGUAUUUGUUAUUUCCCUUUGAAAGCAAAUUUUUUAUUCCCCUGAAAGGAUGAGUUUUUGUAAAGGCUUUGUAAGAAAGAACGUAUGUUUUAUUUGUGCCUCGCGCCAGUUUUCGUGGGUGUAACUCCAUUGACUCAGCUGAGGUUACUCCUCAUUUACAUUGCUGUGAGCCCCUGGAUGACGAGGUCCCUCUACAUCUAGCAAUUCUAGUGGAAACAGUCGUGCUUGUAAAUCUGUUUUGUCCUCUGCCUUUGUCCCCGUGUGAAGCGGGUUGCUUGCAGAAGGCGAGGGGGUUCGCCUCGCUCGUGGCAGCAGGACUUUUACUGGGGACCAAGCGAUGCAGUCGCUGAAUGCAGCCGACCCCCAUGUUCUGCCCAGGCUGUGAACAGCAGUUUCGGGCCCUUUUUAUCGGAACCAGUACUUGAUGCGAAAAUGGGCAGCUCAGACCCUAUUGAAAUCUCUGGCUAGUUUAGUCACAAGUCUGAGGCCGAAAAGCAGCUUACCCCCUCAUAAUGAUGCCAUUGUGCUCAUCCUAUCUGAUCAGUUCUGGAAAUGUUUUAGUAAGUCUAUCUUACAACAUUAUAAGAAGAUAAUCAGCUGCCUUAGAAGGUCCCCAUCUGGAGUAUAGAGUUCUUUUACUGAAAGAUGUUUUGCCUUUCCGAGAUAGCUCUCGCAUUUCAUCAUCUGUUGUGCAGAGAUGAAGUGCAUAUGAAAAGUCAGUGACUCUGAAUCCAUCUGUUGUUAUUAUUUUCCACUGAUAAUUGGCUUGAACAAUGAAAUGUCUGUGUCUGUAGCCUUUGAAACUGUACACCCUGUUUAUUUUCUGGAGGUCUUGCUCUACUCUCUCUCUCCCCCACCCCCCUUUUUUUUUUUUUUUGUUUUGUUUUAUUUUGGGGGGCUUUUUUGUUUCAUUUUUCUCUCGAGCUCUAAACUAGUGGAGCUUGCAUGAAGAUGACAUCUUUGACUCUGUGCAUCAGUAUGUGUCACUCAGCAUCUGAAGCUUGCCUGCCAAAUUUUGUCAGGGUCCUAUGUCUGUUCUGUGUGAGUGUAGAGUAGGCUUACAGCAGGAAGAUUGGCAGAUCCAGUGUUUGUAGAUAUCUUACCUGAAAAGUAGUAUUUAUUUCACUUUAUUAAAAUAUUAAUUUAGAGCGUCAUAUCUAAUACCUAUGGAAUUAGAUACUACCUGUAAUUGUAUAAUAUAUUCAGUUGCAUCCAGUUUUGCACGAUGCAGGGUAUUAAUAUUGGAUUCCACUAACAGCAGUUCCAUUAGCUUGCUCAACCAGUAUGAGAUAUAUAUGAGCAGGGAGGCAUAACUACCAGCCAGAACUGCCAAAACAGUCAUUAGAAGCUCCAUUGGGAUGGACAAAGGCUUUUACACAGUGAUAUACUGAUUAAAUUUUGUUCUAUGGUUUAUUUGCAUCAAGGUUAGAUCACUAUCAUCUAUGUGAACCGUCUUAUCUGACACCUUAUUUGGAAGGUCAUUUCAAUGCAAAAAUGGUGAAUGAUACAGGGGAUCUAAAAUUUCUUGCAGGAUUCUUUCCUGGAGGAUUUUUAUCCUGUUAGGCUUGACUACUAGCUCAUGUUAGCAAUUUUAUCGUGCUUUAACGUGGUGAGUUUAUCCAAGGAAAAGUAAAAAACUCCCUCCAUCUGUAUGAGUGCUCAGUGGAACUGAGCACACUCGAUCCACAUUAAAACUGUGUGUUAUAUCCAGUAUCCUUUGAAAUAAUCUGUGGCACAUGCUGGAGAAUCCAGUAAAUGUGUUGCAUCUUCUAAAGCCCGAAUCUUCCUGUGUCUGCUUGUGUGUAAGUGCUCUUUCAGAAUGAGAUUUCGGUGCCGGACGCACUCAUGUCAUCCAUGUUCCGCUGUAGUCUGGAGCACAAGCGAGUAAGGCAGAGGAGUAUAAUCUUAUUUGUGUUUCAAUGGCAAUCAUUUAAUACUGCAAGUUAUUAAAAAAUAAUUAAAUUACCAAAACCAACAUGUAGCUAGGAUUUACAAUAAGAGGUCAAUGUGAUUUGACUCCUUAAGUUAGGAAGGGACAUUGGUGAAUUCCAAUUGCUUUAGAAUCGUGCUGCUUCGUUCUAUUUGUGGAAUGGAAGGAUAAACGAGACUGAAAAAUAAUUUAUUUCUCUAGAAGCAAGAGUAAAUCAUAGUGUAUAAUUAUGUAUAUUCGAUUAUAAUAAUAAAUGCUUAGACGUGCUUGGUGGUUAUCACAGUCUCUAAUUUAGUUGUUUUUUGAAGUAAAUAUAGUUUGGAGGGGUCGUUUUUGAGAGUAAUGUUUUGAGAAUAAUGUUUUUAAGGGAAACUUCAGAAAUUUCUUCCCUUUCCCCAGAUAAACUAGUAAAUAGGUGUGCAUUAUGCAGUGAUUCAUAACAGCUAAAAUAGGUCUGUGAGUGGAAUGUCUUUUACAUAGUAAACAAAACAAGGACAGUACAAGCAAAUUCAAAUUUAAUCUGUCAACUCAACCAAAAGUCUCUCUAUUAAUUUUAAAUCCUUGUUAAAAACAGGCCGGGCCAGGAAUGUAUUGGACUUCAGUACAGUUAAUGAAAAUGAAUUUUACAGGUGGUGUUUGGUUGUGUUUCUUCUGCUCCGGCGAGAUGGGUGGCUGAGCCAAAGCGGGCAUAGCACACGAUUCAGCUCUUUGCCAGAGCAAUGCUUAGAUUAGAAAUGAACGUUUGGCGUUGAGUUGUUGGUGCUGUUGUUAUUUACUAUUACAUGAGGAAAGCGUUUAGCACUAUGAUUUGAUUUGAUUUUGUAGCUCCUAUCCCCUUAAACAAGCUGUGUAGCUUGUCAGAGAUCAGGACAGGUAGAAUGCACAGCAGGCGUCUGAUUUGAGCCAGUUACUCAUUUGCUGAGUGUUUGUGUUUAUGCAAAGGGGCCUCUUCCUGCAUAUUUAAUCUAGAGUAAGGCAGUGGCUUUUGUUGUGUUUAGACCACAUACCUUCAGUCCUUCCUUACACUGCAGCCAGUGUUGAAGCACAGAAAGGCUGGAUAGGCAAAAGUGCUUUAGUGUUUUCAAACUCUCAACUUUCUGCAGUUGGUUGGGAAUUACUGUACAGCUCUAAGCCUUUUUCUUCCUCAUUAAUGGGCUUCAAUGUUUAAAGGGCUGUUAAAGGAUACCUCGAAAAUAUUUCCACAUGACCAUGACCAAGAGUAGCACUCGCUUCCCAGGGUAAGAAGAGUGACCUUUUUGGGUGGCUGUAACUGAAGAUUGCUUCACAAGAGCAACAGAAGAAGGUUUUUUGAGUCAUGAUGCAAGAAUCUGGGACUGAGACAAAAAGUAACGGUUCAGCCAUUCAGAAUGGAGCGAGCGGUGGCAACCAUUUACUAGAGUGCAGCCUGCGGGAAGUGAGAUCAAACGGCGAGACACCUUCAGUUGAAAUUGGGGCUGCAGAUUUAGCACAUCUCCAGCAACAGCAGGCUCUCCAGGUAGCACGGCAGCUUCUACUGCAACAGCAGCAGCAGCAGCAACAGCAGCAGCAGCAGCAGCAACAAGUUAGUGGAUUAAAGUCUCCGAAGAGGAAUGACAAACAGCCAGCCCUUCAGGUUCCAGUGUCGGUGGCUAUGAUGACACCUCAAGUGAUCACUCCCCAGCAAAUGCAGCAGAUCCUCCAGCAACAAGUGCUAACUCCCCAGCAACUCCAAGUCCUGCUCCAACAGCAGCAGGCACUCAUGCUUCAACAGCAGCAGCUUCAAGAGUUUUAUAAGAAACAACAGGAACAGUUGCAGCUUCAACUUUUACAGCAACAACAUGCUGGAAAACAGCCUAAAGAGCCCCAGCAACAGCAGGUGGCUACGCAGCAGUUGGCCUUCCAGCAGCAACUCUUACAGAUGCAGCAGUUGCAACAGCAGCACCUCCUGUCUUUGCAGCGUCAGGGGCUGCUGACGAUCCAGCCUGGCCAGCCUACUCUGCCUUUGCAACCCCUUGCACAAGGCAUGAUUCCAACAGAACUGCAGCAGCUCUGGAAGGAAGUGACAAGCUCGCACACAGCGGAGGAGGCAGCCAGCAACAACCACAGCAGCCUGGACCUGUCCACCACCUGUGUCUCCUCCUCAGCGCCGUCUAAGACCUCCUUAAUCAUCAACCCACACGCCUCAACUAAUGGACAGCUAUCGGUCCACACUCCUAAACGGGAGAGUUUAUCCCAUGAGGAGCACUCACACAACCAUCCGCUCUAUGGACACGGUGUAUGCAAAUGGCCAGGUUGUGAAGCAGUAUGUGAAGACUUCCAGUCGUUUCUAAAACAUCUCAACAGUGAGCAUGCGCUGGAUGAUAGAAGUACAGCCCAAUGUAGAGUACAAAUGCAGGUUGUACAGCAGUUAGAGCUACAGCUUGCAAAAGAUAAAGAGCGCCUGCAAGCCAUGAUGACACACCUGCAUGUGAAGUCAACUGAACCAAAAGCCACCCCUCAGCCCCUGAAUCUGGUAUCGAGCGUCACGCUUUCCAAGACUGCAUCCGAGGCGUCUCCGCAGAGCUUACCUCAUACUCCCACCACCCCAACUGCGCCCAUCACUCCCGUCACACAGGGACCGUCGGUCAUCACUACCACGAGCAUGCACAACGUCGGACCCAUCCGGAGGCGGUACUCGGAUAAAUACAACGUCCCCAUUUCUUCAGCAGAUAUUGCCCAGAACCAAGAAUUUUAUAAGAACGCAGAAGUUAGACCACCAUUCACGUAUGCAUCUUUAAUUAGACAGGCCAUCCUCGAAUCUCCAGAAAAACAGCUAACACUAAAUGAAAUCUACAACUGGUUCACGCGAAUGUUUGCUUACUUCAGACGCAACGCGGCGACGUGGAAGAAUGCAGUGCGUCAUAAUCUUAGUCUUCACAAGUGUUUUGUGAGAGUAGAAAACGUUAAAGGGGCAGUAUGGACAGUGGAUGAACAAGAGUUCCAAAAACGAAGGCCACAAAAGAUCAGUGGUAACCCUUCUCUUAUUAAAAACAUACAGACCAGCCACACCUACUGCACACCUCUCAAUGCUGCUUUACAGGCUUCAAUGGCUGAGAACAGUAUACCUCUAUACACUACUGCUUCCAUGGGAAAUCCCACUCUGGGCAAUUUAGCCAACGCGAUGAGGGAAGAGCUCAAUGGUGCAAUGGAGCAUACGAACAGUAACGGGAGUGACAGUAGUCCAGGACGUUCCCCUAUGCAAGCAAUGCACCCCGUGCAUGUCAAAGAAGAACCGUUAGAUCCAGAUGAAAAUGAAGGCCCGCUAUCCUUAGUGACAACAGCCAACCACAGUCCAGAUUUUGAUCAUGACAGAGAUUAUGAAGAUGAACCUGUAAAUGAGGACAUAGAAUGAGUAUGUCUGACAUCGUUAUGCUGAGAAUGAAGAUUGGAAGAACGCGUCAAAUUUAGCUGUGAAAUCUCUCCAUUAUUGUACAGUCUGGAGGAUUCUCAGUCCACUUUGACAACUAUGAAAUAUGUUAACUCUUAGUGCCAUCAAGUAUCCCAUUUGGGAGUAUUUUUGAUUUUUCUACUUUUUGUUGAAAAAAGGAAUUUGUACUCUGUGCAUUGGAUGGACUUGUUUGGUACUUGGGAUUUUCCUCUCUUACAGUCAACAUCAGUGUUGUAAAUUUGCUAAACUGAUUCACUUGCAUUUAGCAGCCAGCUGUGGACUGCAGGUCCUGCCAAUUUUGGACACUUGAGGACAUCAAACUGAGCAUGUACACCUGAACUGCAGAUCAAGUCUUUGCCCAGAUUUUAAGGAUUCCAAUGGACAACAUAUUUGCACAGUACUGCAUGUUGAUUAUCACUGCCUUUACUCCAUAUUUUUGUUUUUUGGUUGGUUUCUUUUUUUUUUCCCUUUUUUUUUUCCUUGGUUUUUUGCUUCCAUUUGGGAUGGGGAAGGCCUGUGUGUGCACGUGUGUGGAUAUAUGUGUGUGUGUGUGUGUGUGAGCGUGUAUAUCGGGGAGGGGUUAAAAGAAAAAAAUUAUCCCAAACAUUUUAAUGUAUUGCUUUUAUUCCCCCGCCCCACUUCUCCUCUACCAUUUUAAGUUCUGACCUCAGGCCUCAUCUGGGCCCAGGGCCUCUCGGAGGCUUCAACGUUUUCUGUACUUUGUGAUGAAUGUUAAGAGGUGUUUUUAUUAUACGAAGCUGAAUGUCAUUGAAUUGUUUGUAGUUUUUUCUGUCAUUCAUUCCAGUUUCCUUCAGAUGCCACCAUGUUUUCUUUAGCUAUGGAAAACAUUCCAUUUCGGUGUCUCCGUUUUUUUGUUGUUGUUUUUUGAAAAGGUCCCAAAUGCUGCACGAUACAUGUGGAAGGGUUGUCCAGCGGAGAGAGAGGAACGAAGUACUGCAAGAAUGAGAAUGAAUGACAGAUGAACAUAGAAACACUGUAGGAAGCAACACAGAUUCAUUCCACAAAGCAGUAUUUUUAAUAUAUAUUUUUUUUUGUUGUUUGGGUUUUUUUGAUUAUUUUUUUUUUAUUACUUUUUUUUGGCAGCAAUGGUGAAUAUUAGCAAAUGCCACAAAAUUGAACAGCACAAAGAAAUAUAUGCAGCACCAACAGAGUUCACUUUCGUUAGAGGAUGAAUAGUACAGUGGCAGGUUCUUGGUUGUUUAACACGAGUUCUAAUGGGUCAACAAAUCUUUCUGGAAUAUCUAAGAUUACAGAGAUGGGCACCUAUACAUUUAUUAUUACAAUUAUUUUUUUUUUUCUUUUUAUGCAUUUGCAUUUGCAAAUAGUGGUUGGAAAGAUGACUUCAUUAAAUUGUUAUUGUACAUGGUGAUGUUUCACGGUUAAACAUCGGUUCAGGAUUGCUUGGUGGCAUUAAUCUGUUUGAAUACAAAUUAGAUUUCAGAUUGAACUUGUUACAGGAGUUAAUAAGGACAGAGCCCCACUAAUGCUAAAGUGUUAAUUUUCAGCUGUGCAAAUCCAGUACUGCAGUUAAGAUUGUUAUGCAAUAUUACACCAGCCAGUAUGGAAACCUCGCCAUAGGAGACAGGAGAUCCAGGAGAGAAUUCGCUUGUUAGGGAAAACUGGCAAGGCUCUUCAAAGCAAACAUGACAUACAAAAUUUGUUGCGAUAGGUCAAUAAACCUCGGUCACCAAACACCUAAACAUUUUCAUUCUUCAACCACUUUUCCGUCACUCAUUUAUUUAUGUAGGACUGUAGCUUUUUUAUUAUUUCAAAAAGCCUUUCAGAGCUUAAUUUAUAUUCUUCUUUGUACCUUUUUUUUUUUUUCCUAAAAUUACCAAAGAUAUUACACAAAGGUAAAUUAUGUUCUCUGUUAUAUGCUUUAUCUUAUGAAGCCAAAUAUCCUCUUAUUGUUGAUCAAAGGAGGUUGAAGAAUUUAGAGGGAAAUGACAAGAUGUGGGCUAUUGCUAACCUGAGAGGGAAACUGCUCCUUUAUUCUAGAAAAUUUAGAAGGCCAAGUAGAUGUCUGAACCAAAGUUAUUACUUUUUAUUUGCAAUUCUUUACAGUGACCAAAAUAAAAGUCUGUAAAGAGGAAUCGAGGAGAGCUUUUGAGGCUAAAACUAGGAAUCAGUGUUACUGGUGGAGCUAUGAGAAGGGAGCUGGAGAAAGCAAAGACACAGUUAUUUCGUGGAAGAUUAGAGUAUCAGAUAAAGGAGACAGUUUAAUAAAAGACAGAAGAGAACAGAAAAGCUCCCACAAUUAAACUGGACAACAUAAUAGUAUUUCUAGAAUUAAAAGGAAAAAAAAUUCUUUGGUCUUUGGUUCUACAGAUUGUGUGCCACUUCUGUUCCGGGACUGUGCUAGGAUGACUGCUUGAAUUUUGGUUGAUCUUGGCACAUUCGCUCAGUUUUGUUUCAGUUUUUUUUUUGGUCAGCAUUUUUCAUAAGGAAAUAACACUCCUGUCCACUCAUGAGCUUUGGUACAAGAAAUUUUAUUGGCAGUUACUUUGAUAAAAACUCAACUCUGCUUUCUGUUUCAAAAGACGAAAAGAAAAGAAAAAGGGCAGUCUGUGGUCAUUCGAAACAUUUUUUCUUUUCAUUUAAAUUAUAUCCAGGCAGCUUCGUGACGUGCCGGCGGUAGCCAGAUGGGGAUCAUGAGAAUUGAGCCCUGUGCUUCUAAACUGAGUGGUUUGCUGGUUAGUUCGGGAUUCAGAAGGGGAUAAAAAUCUGGUAGAUUAGUUCAUCCUCAGCAUGUGUAGCUAGACAUGAGUAAAGAUAACAGCAUGAGAAAACUGUUAGUACGCAUACCUCAGUCCAAACUGUUAGGGAAUGAGUAAAUAAAAAAAAAAUACAUUUCACUCAGUUGCACUUAGUUGUAUGUCUUGCAUGCUUAGUCUAAAGACUGUAGCAAAAACAAAAAAAACUUAAAAAAAGAGAAAAAGAAAUAAAAAAUUAGAUUUUAACAUAUCUGGCAGGUGUCGCAGCCUUGCAGAAGAACCAACUGAAAAUCUCAGGCUUUACAUCAAGCAAACUUCACUAUGAUUUUUACAAUUCUGAUUCUGUAUCCCUUUGGAUAUACAGUUGCUUCUUUAGGGAGGGGUUUAUUAUGUUGUACAUAUAUAUCCCACUGUGUCUGUGUGAGCCUUUGUCUUUUGGGGGGAGGGUGGGGAGGGAGGAAAAGGUGGAAAGGUCCUUUUUUUUAGAUAUCAUUCCUCAAAAGGAAUAAAUGCAGACCUGUUUGUCAAAACACCUUUUGCUUUUUGUGCAACUGCUUUAUAUUAACUAUACUAAAAAAAAAAUAGCUUUGAAAAAAAAAAAACCUACUGUAUGUAAUGGAAUUGCAGAAUACGCUGCACAUGUAUUUUAUUUAGUUAUCCUUGCUUUAAGAAUAUUGGAUGACAUUUGCUGACAUGUGGGAGAAAAUCCCUGACUUUUUUUUUUUUCCCCAGCUUUUAAAUUGUAACAUAGUUGACAGAUUUUUUCUUUUUUUUUUUUUUCUCCUGUUAUCAUUGAUCGAAGCGUUUUUGUACAGUUUUUGUGUUUAAGCUGGUUUUUUUGAUACUUUCCCACCCCUUCUGUUAACCUUACCACUGCCUUUUCUGGCUGUCUUAAACAAAGUUCAUAUAUUUGAAAGGAAAAAAAAGAAAAAUCAUUAAAAAAAAAAAAAGAAAAAAAAAGAAAAAAAAAAAAGAACUGUUUUUCUCCUGCUGCAGUAAAUAUUUUGCAUGAUGAAUUCCAGGGUCACACUUUCAAAGUUUAUCAGUGAAGUAGUGAUUAAUAACGGGGAGUGUCAAACUAUUGAACUUUUGUAUAAAAAAAAAAAACUUUACAAGGUGCCAAGAUGUAAAGACAAUUUGUUACAUGUUUUUUUUCUCAAAGAAAAGCGUACAUUAUGAAAGUAGUACCAUGUAUCAGGUAAACCGCUGUCAGGAAUGAGAGUCAAAGCCUUCCUUGUCCACAAAAAACCAACCCCAAGUUUGUAAAUGUAAAACCUGUUGGGUUUCUGCAUUCAACUCGAAGUGAAAUGAAAAAUCAAGGCUUAUGUAGAAUAAGUGACCACAAAAAAUAACGACCUAUUUUGAUUCUCACUCGCAAGAGUCCCGCUGUAGGUCCUGCACCUCCCCUCUCCUGGAGAUCCCGCUUUGGGAAGAGGCCGGGGCAGGGAUUCUGGUUCUACAAAUAUUGCAGAUCAUUAGAUAUUUUAUAUAUAUACAUACAUAAAUAUAUAUAUAUAAAGUUUUUAAAAAUAAUUUUGAACUAUUGUAGUUUUCAGAUCGCAAAUAAUCUCACGUUCAUUAUAGCAUGGGAGAAAAAACCCACCCAAAUGUGUUUAAACUCUUUUGAAAUCCUUUGGUACCUUUGGUUAAUGAACUCCAAGUGAGUUUUUAGAUGUUUCCGAAGUCAUUUAGUAUUCUAGUCUUGCGAGGUGAAUUUGCAGUUACGGACUGCAUUUUAAUGGGCCCGGAACAGGUAAACAAGUAUCUUCUACCCAUAAGCCUUGAUGAAAAUGGUACAGUCCAGACUGUUAGCAUGGUGCUUUGUGUGUAUGUGCUGCCAGUAACAAGAUUUUUUUUUUUCUUUUUUCUUUUUUUUUUUUUUUUUGAUAAGGCAUAAAAGAAACUCAUUCCUUACAUCAACUGUAAUUCCAUCAUUCCAUGUCUGUUGAUACAGACAAUAAAAAAUGUUGUGUAGUCAGUACUAAUUACUGACAUUAUAGCAUUCUCAAAUGCAAUAAAAAUGCUGGUUGUUCACACUGGUAA